AUGAGCAACGUUUCGUUAACCUUCGUGAGAGAGGAGGCCAACCUUUCUGUCUGGACCGAACAUAGCGAUCGCAUUCACCCCAAAGAUCUUUCGAGACAUCUCUCGGAUACUGUUGGUAGAGAACGGUUCAGAAUAUCACUACGAAAGAAUAUAUACAUCAUCUACGUCGAUAGGAGAAAUGGUGGGAACGAUGACGUGAGUCGAGCCAUUCAAUCUGUGGAUGCUGCGGCUAAUGGGAAGGAGCAGAAUUGCGACCCAGGGUCUGAUGAGGAAGAAGGCUCGAAGGAACAAAAGAUAGGGCCCAAAACAUACCAGGAAAGAUUGCAAGACAUCAAGCUGGCGGAGAAGAAAUUAAGCAGCGAAAGAAUACCCAAGUGGUAA